CCUCCUCUCCCCUCCCUUUCCUCUUAUUUCUCACCGCAUCUCCUUCGCCACCUGCCACAGUAGCGUUGCAGCGAUGGAGAGCUGCUGCACAUCGAAAUAAGCUAACGAAAGACCACGUUUGAGAAAUAGAAAAACUCGCAAAGGAAAAGAGAGAUAAAGAGUCAUACUGAGAGAUAGCGAGGGGAGCGGGGAGUGAGAGGCGGAAACAUAAGGUUUGUCUGAAGAGCGGCUGUUUCUGAGGACUGCUGAACCUGACUAAUGAAACUUAUUCAACCAACGUAAGCAACUAAAAGCCACAUUUGAUUCGUCAUUCUCAUUUUUGGACACUUUUUGCCUCGUUUUCCCUCACCUGUGAGCGUUGGUGCUCCAACCUCUGUUUAAUUAGUUUGUGCUGACUGGAUUGCGGCUGUUGUACCUCCCUGUGCGCGCGCACACACGUACAUACACGCGCACAGUAAUCAUCACAAGACACGGUGCAGCCUCCAAAAGCUUCUUGCAAGGAGGAAAUUGAAUUAGAUAAGUUAUUCCUGCAGAAGCGGAGUACACGAGCGGCUGGCUCUCCUUUCACCCAGCUAAACUUGUCUUCUCCGGGCUCAACAAGAGUCUCUGAAGACCCUUACUCUCUCCUCCUACCUCCACGCCUCGGUGAGUAGCCAUGUCUGACCAGGCUGUAACCAUCCCGGACGACCGGGCGUUUGCCAGCUUCAAGUCGGAGUGUCUGAACGAGGAGGGCUGGAAUAUUAGAUACAGCAAAGAGGGCAUGACGGUGUGGACCCAGUGCCUGGAGGUGGGGAAAUCCGUCCACAGAUUUAAGUGUCAGAUGGUGUGUAAGGAUGUGUCCGCUGAGAUCAUGUAUGAUGUCCUCCAUGACAUCGAAUACCGAAAGGAAUGGGACAAAAACGUCAUCGAGACCUUUGACAUCGGGAAACUAACAGUCAACGCGGAUGUUGGGUACUACUCAUGGAAAUGUCCGGGACCUCUUCGGGACCGCGAUGUCAUCACGCUUCGCUCCUGGCUGUCGUUAGGGAAAGAUUACAUCAUCAUGAAUUAUUCUGUCAAACAUCCCAAAUACCCUCCUAAAAAGGAAAUGGUGAGAGCUGUGUCCAUUCAGACAGGCUAUCUAAUCCAGUGCCAGAGUCCCAAAAGCUGCACUCUCACUUACCUGGCCCAAGUAGAUCCACGGGGUUCAUUACCAAAGUGGGUUGUCAACAAGUCCUCCCUCAUCUUUGCUCCUCGUGCCAUGAAGAAGAUCAAGAAAGCCUGUUUGAAGUAUUCUAGCUGGAAGGAGAAGCACAACCCAUGCUUCAAGCCAUGGCUCUACCCUGAACAGAAUACUUUAACCAGCAUCCCACUCUCCGAGCUAAGCAUCCAGCACGCCGAAAGCCUGGAGAAUAUUGAUGAGAGCUCCCUGGCUGACUGCCAGGAGAGAGAGGACAGCGACUAACACACAGACACUCACACAUGCAGUCAUGUAUUCAUACACACACAUACAAUAAUGCAGGGUUACAUGCAUGCCUGAUACACAUCCAUAACUCCAUCCUUGCAUAUGUGAGUCCACAUGUGAAUAUGUGCGUUUAUGAACAUGCACACACAUGCAUACAUGUUCAUAUAGCCACAUAUGUUGCAUGUAUGCAACAUAUACAGUUGCAUACAUGUAUGAAAGCAUUCAUGCACACAGAUAGACUCAUACUUGACCAACUUAAACUCAUACUUGCAUACAUAAUGUAUGAUCACAUCACAUACAAACAUCAAACAUAGAUGGCAUUCACAUUUACACAUCCACUCACAAGGGGCAGCGAGAUAUAUGUAUUUAUACAAUUCAGUCAGCUAUCACUCAAUUGUACCUGAGAAGGGGCUGUAACUGUGGUGUUUUAUGUUGGUCAGAGGGAUGUCAAAGUUUUCUAAUUUGGACCUAUGCAGAUUAUUGUAGCAGAAUCUAUUUUCAUUAUGGUUUACGGUCAAAUGUUUACAGUCUUACUUAACAAUGCACAACUUGUCAUUCAACAUACAUUGAUUUAUCCCCUUGUUUAUUUCCAUCAUCAAUCUGUUUCAAACCCUCAUGUUAACUCUCUGCUGAUUUGUACAUUUAUACAUUAGUCUUGUACACACAGUUCAUUGUCUCUCUGUCGCCCAUUAUGUGUCUCUAUCACAUUAUUGUGUAAGCACACUAUAAAAAAAAAUACAGGUGUGCAGAAGGCAGCUGGAACCCCCAACCUAACCUGCAACCCCCUCAUACACGAACACACAAACAGAUUUUACACUCACACGAACUGUCUGCUCCUCAAUUUGAGAGAUAUAUGAAUGUAUGUAGAGUUUAAAAAUUAAAUACAGAUUCCUACAGUUUUGGAAUUACA